GCUCUGCCAGUUGUAGACAUACAUUUAUAGAUGGAAAAUGAAUUUGUCAGAACCACCUGAAAGAUAGUGAAUUUCGGUUUAAUUUUAAAUUUAGAUCACGCUUCGGACAAGUGAGAUGUGCUAGUCGAUAAGAUAAGAUGCUGGCCCUGGGCAGAACAGUCGCCGUGGGCGCCUUUUCCGCCCCAGUCCUCUCCAUUCGCCUGGCCACCUCGACGAAAACGAAAACAAAAACAAACGUACACAAACAGGCCCAAACAGAUGUUCGUCUCCUGUUACGCAAUCUCGGCAAAUUGGCGCAAAAUUCAACGACGCUGGGCAGAACAGCGCCGGCAGCGGUGGCAAGAGCAACACGUGAAGUGACGGUUCAGCAGCAGACAACCAGGCGCUUCCACAAUUCUGCAGCGGAAAACUCGAGGUAUUCGGCCAGCACCAUCAUGACUUCCUACCACAAGGAGCUGCUGCUCAAGGACUACGACAUAGUGGGCUUCGAUCUGGAUGGCACCCUUUUGCGCUACAAUCUCCACGAGAUGUCUGCGCUGAUCUAUCAGGUCCUCAAGCAGUUCCUCGUAGAGCAGAAGGGCUAUGACAGAGAUCUACUCUCUCAACCGCUCAACUUGGACUUCCUGCAGAAGGGGCUGUUUCUGGACGGACCGCGUGGCAAUGUCCUGAAGCUGAGCAGCGAGGCCCAGAUCCUGCGAGCCACCCACGGCACCCGUCUACUGAGCGACACAGAAGUUCAAGCCAUCUACGGUCGAGAUCGAAAGUGGGAAAUCACCACUGCCUUUUACAGGGAUCCCCUGUCCACUUGGAAUGGCGCCGCCUCGACGCAAAUGCGCUCGCUCUUGGAUUAUUUCGAUAUGCCCAGUGCUUUGGUCUUUGCCCAGGCGGUGGAUCAGGUCGAUAGGAAAAAGAAGCCAUCGGCAGGAGAGGAGUAUCAAGUCUGGCAAGAUGUGCAGGCUGGCCUGAUGAACAUCUAUAAUCGGGAGCACUUUCCCAACGACAAGAGUCUCUAUUUCAAGAGCAUGCGAGCGGAGCCGGAAAGAUUUGUGCUCCGAACAGACCCCAGCGUGAUGAAUUGGCUUGGGGAACUGCGAAAGUCUGGCAAGAAGCUCUUUUUGCUCACUGGCUCCAACGUGGACUUUGCCAACUUGACGGCCACGCAGGCGCUGGGCAAGGACUGGCGCAAACACUUUGAUUUCGUGGUGACCUACGCCAAGAAACCGGGUUUCUUUACUAUGCAGCGUCCGUUUAUGCAAGUGGAUGUGGGGAAACUGGCGGAACUGCCCCAAGAGACUAAGGACAUAAAGACGGGCGAGGUCUACUCCCAGGGCAAUUGGCACCAGCUGCACGCUGCCAUGGCUGGAUUGCUUCAGAAGGAGCCGUCAGAAGCCAAGGCACUGUACUUCGGUGAUAACAUAAUCCAGGAUGUUUAUACACCGGUCAAACACCGCGACUUUGAUGCCGUGGCCAUAGCUGAGGAGCUGCUUAUUGAGGAUGGUAAGUAUCCGUAUGCUGCGGAGUUGGACUCCCAGCUGUGGGGCCCGUACUUUGCUCUGGACUCCACACCCACUCUGUGGUCCAGCUUCAUUAGCAGCUAUGCCCAGUUGUGUGUGCCCUCAGUGGAGGAAGUGGCGCAGACUGCGCCGGACAAGCGCAUCGUUUGCCAUAAUCCGUAUGGCUUCAGUCCGCGGCUGCCCAAGGAGCUGGAGACUGUGCAGCUGAAGAGCUGCUGGCGUGGAUAAGCGCUCUGCUAUCGUCUUCUUCCUGGUGACAAUAAACGACCUGCGAUCCCGAGGCGCGGUAAAUCCGAUAACGCUUCUAUCAGUUGAAGCGUCUUUAAAAUUCUUACGUACAAACCAUUGUAUUUGAUAAUAGCAAUAAAACACGCGAGACUCUGAAUUAUUCAA